GUCAUGUUUGUGAUAAUAAAAAUACGGCAAGAUGUGGUAGUAAUCAAAGAAUGGUGCGGGGUAAUGUGCAGUGAUCCACAGUCAACCCUUAUAGAUCUAUUUCACAAUCAUAUGCAAGGGAAGUAUGACAAAAAGCCUGGCCAGGACGUGCAUGAAAUCGAUCAGGUAACUGCAUUUGUUGGUCCAUCGAAAACCGAUUUAACGGAAAUGUCAUCAAAUGUCAAAGUGUGUGACGCUGUAUCCUGUGUUGGGAGUUUCAUUGAGUUUGUGUGUCGUAAACUAGAUGAUGGUGAACUGAGUAACCCUGUUAGUGAAACAACUGAAGUUCGAAAAAAUGCCUUUACAAUUUUAACUUCGGCAGCAAAUCAAGCUAAGCAUUUACCUACAAAAAAAAGUGAAAUUAACAAUAAAUCACGGAUGUAUAAUGAUAUCAUUGAAUGGUUGAAGCAAAUGGAUGUUGGAUUUACAUCAGUUAACAGAGACACUUUAGGGGUUGGACUGGUUAAUUCCAUUACUGACGCUUUGUGGUAUAUAGAUGGGAAUCAUGACACAUUAGCAGAGAGGGCAUGCCCUGUUCCUGCACCCCUUGAACAUUUUAAAAAUUACUACUGUCCAGAAAAGAGAAAAAGAAAAAAAAUAGACUGUUCUGUGUUGGCCGAAGAAACACUUCGAAAUCACUCGACAACAAUUAUGAUGCUGUGUGAAAAGAGUUUUUUCCAAAGAGAACAGUGGACAGCUGUUAAACAGGUUAUAUGUAAUUUGGGUGAAUCAUUGUUAAAGUAUGCCAACUACUUGUCAUCAAAAAAGUCACAAGAUUUAAAGAAGAAACCCAAACAAGCCACUGAUAGAGAACAUUAUGAAGUUUUAUCCCAAUCACAUCACAUUCAACCAGGUCCAGCUAGCAGAUACAAGAUGCUUCACAGUGCUGUUAUAGCAAGCAAGCCUUAUGAGAGCAUCCUUGUCAAUGACUUUUCACCGGGUGAUGCAAGGAGGCGCCAUGAGUUCAUGAAGCAAAUCGUGGUUCCAGUCAAAUGUAUCAAGUUCACUUACAGUGGAAGCGAAGAACACUUAGUUUUUAUUUGGAAAGUUGACAAUUCUGAUUCAGAGAGUCAGGUUCUUUCAAAAAAUAUGGAAAUUUCCUCAAAUUUAAGAAAAGACUUACCUGUUUAUCAUACACGUGCAAUGAGAAGAGAGUUCCUAAGCAUGUUUGGAAAACAGAUCCAUGGGAAAACAGGAUUUCUCAGGGAAGCAUACAGACGUUUAACUGGUGAUAUCUCUGCGAGUAUUAACUAUACUACAAGUGAAAUGGAUAAAAGAAUUUCUACCAUUUUAGAAAUGGAGGAUUCUGAUUUAAUAUGUGAUCUGCGAGUCAAUAAUACUGGUCAGCCAGAGAAGUAUGAAAAGUUUCUUGAAGAAUGUCAGAAUUACAUUGGUUCAAAACUGGAAACAGCUGUAGAUGAUAGAAGACAUGAUGCAGUGACAAAGGAUUUUGAUGUUGUAACACAUUUAGCAAAUGCAUUCUCAGUCAGAGAUUUUUAUGAACAGGUUGUCAGCAAGUGCCCUGAAAAUACACCUAUACCAUCAAAAGAAUGGUUACGCCUACAGUUCUGGCCGAGAAAUUGUCAUUAUUAAAGUGCAGCACGAUAUACUGGUAAGCUUAAAGUGAAAUUUAUGAUCCAAAGUCGCCAGUUUCGAAAGUCACAUGAGGACAUGCAUUAUGCCUCUGCUUUAUUUAGAUAUGAAAAGGAAUUCUGCCUACGUUUUAAGGAUCACUGUAAUUUACUUUGUGUAGAUGAUAAACAUAAAGUUAAAGUCGGAGAACCAGGAUAUCCAGUAGCAGCUGCUGAAAGAGGAAAAUCUGUUCUCGUAGCUAUGGGAAAACGAUUUGAAGUUAGUGAUCAUGACUUCACAAAAUUUUCUAUCACUCCGAGUGUGGCACUUUCUGUGAAAAUUCCUGAUUCUAUUGAAGAAACAUUUUAUGAUGGUAAAGUUUCAGUUUUUCUUAAAGAAUCUAUAUUUGAACCUUCAUCUCCUUGGAGGCAUGCAGCUGAAAUGCUUCAAGUCAUUGAUCACACAAAACCAGUAGUUGCCAUUUACAGUGAUGGUGGCCCUGAUCACCGUGUUACAUAUGGUAGUGUUCAGCUUUCUCUCAUAAAUGUUUUCUUACAGGGUGACUUUGAUAUGGUUGUUGCAGUAAGAACACCCCCCUGUAACAGCUGGAAAAACCCUGCAGAGCGUAUAAUGUCCGUUCUAAAUCUAGGAUUCCAAUCUGUAGGUUUAAUGCGGGCUAACCUAGAUCAGAAAUAUGAAAAGUUACUCACCUCACUAUCAUCCAUGAAUCAGAUUAGGGACAAAGCUGAGAGUGAAAGUGGCAGGGGUCUGGAUACCUAUGUGAAAGACUCUUUAGAACCAGUUAAGUCUCUGCUUUCUGGUGUAAUAAUGUGUUUAAAAUGGAAAGACAAUAAUCUUGAUUGCAAACAACCUGCAACAGACCAAGAAAUACGGGAUCUUGCAUGGAAUAUGACGGGCAUUGAUGACAUUAACCCACUCCACACCACUCAAACUGACCUUAAAAGCAAAUCCAAGCUACAGGACUUCCUAACAAAACACUGUAGAUUGCGUCAUUACAUGUUUUCUGUCAAAAAGUGUGGUCUAGCAUCCUGCUCUGUUUGCAAACCUCCUAGACUUCCUGAAGAAUUCUUCAAUGAUUUGUGUCACCUCCCUGAUCCUACACCAAGUGAUGGUGAUAAGUAUAAAUCCUUCAAUGAAGUUUACAAAACAGACACAUCUGAAAACUUUAGACCUUCAUUAAAAGUAUCUCUGGGUGGCCAAUCAGGUACAUCUGCUCAUGGAAUGCCAUUUUCUCCAUCUUCACAAUAUGCAAAAAAUGUGGAAAUGGUUAUUUUAUGUAGUCAGUGUGAAAAACCAAGAGUACUUUAUUGUAAAAGUGUUGUGAGGGGUAUUUCAAGAACACAAUUGCAGAGGUCAUUGAAUGACUUAGAAUAUUCAUGUGGGUCAUGUUUUGUGGAUAUAGAAUGUGAUGACUCUCAUAUUUUAAAAAAAGUAUUUGUUAGAAAAAAUCUACAAUGCACAGAUACUAUUGAGAUUCCUUAUUUUUCAGCAGGACUUGAUCCCAUUUGUUUUUAUUGUGGUAAUGAUGAUAAUCUUAAGCUAAGUGAUGAUGAUUACCCACUGUGUAUAAAUUGUCAAGAUGAAGGGAAAAGGGCUGUUAAAAAACGUACACGUAAAUGAAAUAAAUGAAAUCAGUUGGUAAACAGUAGAAAUAAAUGAGAUUAAAACAUAAAAUUGAUUUGUUUUAUUUACUAUAAUUCAUUAUAUACUGAUGAAGAAGAAAAAACAGAGUAAUUGUUAUCAAAAGAACACGAAAAAGAUCUUUUUAAAAAAUAAAAAAUAAAAAAUAAAAUCCACCCACCCGCCCCAAUUUUUUUCCAAAUCAGGAUGAGAAUCUAAAAAUUAAUUUUA